UCCAUUUCCUGUAAUAAAUUUUCACUUUGCUUAAUUGAAUCUGAUAAAAACCGAAUCGAAUGAUUUCUCGACAAUCCACCAAAUCGUUCAGGAUGACAUUUCCAAGAACGAAGGUGCUGGUGUCCAAAGAGAUUUUCGCCUGCAUAGCACCCAUGAUGUACAUCAGCAGGAUCAUGGGUCUGUCGCCGUUUUUGUUUAAGAAGUUAAACAACGAUUACCAAUUGAUCAUGUCCAGAAAGUUGAUAGCUUACAGUUAUGCCAUGAUCACGUUGGUCGUUUGCCUAAGCAUUUACGGCUUAAAUUGCCAGUACAAAAUUGAUAUAAUCCAGCGUAUCCGCAUCAGAACACUGACGGGGAAGUUCGUGACCUACCUCGAAGAUUGUUACUUGUUGUCCACCUGCAUAUUUGGGGUGCUCUACGUGUCACUAAAGUACAAAACAUUUCUAGAGUACACGUUUAUGAUCUGUCAGGUAAAGGUGCAGCAACGAGUUGACCAGUUGGGGGAGGAAAAGCUGCCCAAAAUGUAUAUAUUCACUGUGGUUUUCUUUACAGUUGUGUCCAGCCUCGUUGGCUUGAGAGAGUACUAUCAGAUUAAAGAAGUGUACAACGCCAGAAUGAGUGAAUACACAGACAGAACCGUAACGUGUGUCGACAUACUGGUGGUGUUGUUCCCCAUUUUUUUCGGUGUCAUUGUAACACCAUUCAAAGUUGUCUCCUUCAACAACAACAUGACUCAAAUCUGCAAGGUCGACAAACUGAUCGAGAUCAAGUCGAAUCAAAAGAAGAAAUGCCUGGCGUUAAUAAUCGUCUCGAUAAGCCUGACCUUUUUCAUCCUGUCAGUGGACUUGAGCUUGUGGACCAACAUAGCCAAAAAGUCGACCAGCGUGCUAACAAUAAUGAGGAACCUGAUCCCCUUUUACUGCGCCUACUGCUUCACCUUAAUCAUUGAGCUAAACUACUGGCACUUCGUCCACUUGGUCGAGAUAAGGCUGAAGGCCCUAAACGACCAACUGGAGGCCAUCAGGAUGAACACCUUCCGGGUGAACCCAAGUGAUAACUUGGAUUUCCUUCUGAUGAACCAGAACGCCGGAAGGGCCCUGGAGAGCGUCACCUUGAGGAGGAUGAACAAGGAGAUUAAAGGCUCAGCUUCGGGCGUCUCCAGGAAAGGUUUGACCAAUUUGAUGAAAGUGUACGAGCUCAUCUACGACGCGUCUGUGGCGGUUAACGAUUUUUACGGCCUCAUGAUACUUUUCGUACUAAUUGGUUGUCUUAUACAUUUACUAGUCACACCAUACUGCUUGUACUUGCAAAUUAAAAACACCAACCAGUCGUUUUUUAUAGCUUCGCAGCUGUUCUGGAUGUUGUGUCAUGUGCUGAGGCUCAUCCUCAUCGUGGAACCUUGCCAUAACUGUCAGUUACAGGUACGAAAAACUGGCUCGUUAGUUUGCAAACUCCUUCUUUUGUGGCAAAACCACGAAGAAGUAAAAAUGCAGCUGGAGAUGUUUGCCACCCUUUUGUCCAUGUGUAAAAUUCAAUUUACAGCAAGUGGACUCACCAAUAUUGACCGUCAUUUGUUGACCACAAUCACUGGAGCUGUCACCACGUAUUUAGUCAUUCUGUUCCAAUUCAAUAAUGUUUAA